UUCCGCCUCCUUAACCAAUGACUGCCGAGAGGAGGCCGGACAGCCCAGCCUUCUGAGUAACCUGAUUGGCUUUGGUGGAUGUCAUCCAUCUAAUCUCUGUUUCGGUCAAAAUAACGGAGGAGGAAGCGAACGGCCUUGUAAGUCUUUCCAUUGAAAGAAUAAAACCGGAUAAAAAUCAUUACGGAGCCGAAAACGAUACCCCCUGGCUAUUCAGACUAUCUGGACCUGCUAAGAAAGUCCAAAACUGUGACCAGGCAGUACCCCAAACCUCCGUAAAAGUUUCUCUGAACGAAGCAGCAGGGCUACCGUGUCAGACCCCUGUGGUCCGAGCGUCACAGUCCGGUCCCCUCAUCGUGUCCUAAGCCCCGGCCCCCUCAUCGUGUCCUAAACCCCGGCCGUUAGAAUGAUCCACAGCCUGUUUCUGGUCAACUCCUCCGGGGACAUCUUCCUGGAGAAGCAUUGGAAGAGCGUGGUCAGCCGCUCGGUGUGCGAUUACUUCUUCGAGGCCCAGGAGAGGGCGAGUGAGCCGGAGAAUGUGCCCCCAGUAAUCCCCACGCCGCACCAUUACCUCAUCAGCGUCCUCCGGCACCGCAUCUACUUCGUGGCCGUCAUCCAGAGCGAGGUGCCGCCGCUGUUCGUCAUCGAGUUCCUGCACCGGGUGGUUGACACGUUCCAGGAUUAUUUUGGGGUGUGCACAGAGGCAGCGAUAAAGGACAAUGUGGUGGUUGUGUACGAGCUGCUGGAGGAGAUGCUGGAUAAUGGCUUCCCUCUGGCCACCGAGUCCAACAUCCUGAAGGAGCUCAUCAAACCUCCCACCAUCCUGCGCACUGUGGUCAACACCAUAACAGGAAGCACAAAUGUCGGAGAGCAGUUGCCGACGGGCCAGCUGUCGGUGGUGCCAUGGCGACGCACAGGAGUGAAAUACACCAACAACGAGGCCUACUUCGACGUGGUGGAGGAGAUCGACGCCAUCAUUGACAAGUCGGGUUCCACCAUCACCGCGGAGAUACAGGGUGUGAUUGACGCCUGCGUCAAACUGACGGGCAUGCCCGACCUCACCCUCUCCUUCAUGAACCCCAGGCUCCUGGAUGAUGUCAGCUUCCACCCCUGCGUGCGCUUCAAGCGCUGGGAGGCCGAGAGGAUCCUGUCCUUCAUCCCCCCUGACGGAAACUUCCGGCUGCUGUCCUACCAUGUCAGCUCCCAGAACCUGGUGGCCAUCCCCGUCUACGUCAAACACAACAUCACGUUCCGGGAGGGCAGUUCUCAGGGGCGUUUCGAGCUGACGCUCGGGCCCAAGCAGACCAUGGGCAAGGCCGUGGAGUCUGUGCUCGUGAGCAGCCAGCUGCCGCGGGGAGUCCUCAACACCAACCUCACCUCCUCCCAGGGCACCUUCACCUUCGACCCCGUCACCAAGAUGCUGUCCUGGGACGUGGGGAAGAUCAACCCCCAGAAGCUGCCCAGUCUGAAGGGGUCCAUGAGCCUGCAGGCCGGCAGCUCCAAGCCGGACGAGAACCCCACCAUCAACAUCCAGUUCAAGAUCCAGCAGAUGGCCAUCUCAGGUUUGAAGGUGAAUCGGCUGGAUAUGUACGGUGAAAAGUACAAACCCUUCAAAGGCAUCAAGUACAUGACCAAGGCUGGAAAGUUCCAGGUUCGGACAUAGAGAGGGAGAGAGCUACGUCACCCAGCCCCUGGACCCCGCCACUUAGAGACCACAAAGAGAGAGAGAGGAGAGUGCAAGCGUGUGUGAGAGAUAGAAAGUGUGUGUAGGACAAAGUGUGUGAGUGUGUGAAAAAGAGAGGGUGUGUGUGAGAGUGAGAGGGAAUGAGAGUGUGAACGAGAGCAUGAGUGAAAGAGAGUGUGUGUGUGUGUGUGUGUGAGAGAGAAAUAGAGAGUGAGAGAGAGGCAGCGCUGUGUCAUGUACACACACUUCAGGUUGCUCUCACACACACAGGAGCUGCAGGCUGUGUGUGUGUGUGUGUGUGUGUGUGUGUGUGUUGGGGGGGGGGGGGCACUCUGUGUAGUAAAUAUCUCCAGGGUCACGUGUGCAGAGCUCAGAGGAAUGUCUGUGGGGAUCCGUGUCUGCCGCCGGUCUGCCUGAAACGCCCUGCUCCCUCCCUCCUUCCUGCCUAAUUACCGUCUUUCCUGGGGGAGAAUUAUCCACCCCACCCCUCCACUUAAAGCAUGUUGUUUCUUUGUAGUUUUAUAAAGGUGCUUUUCAGGUUAGUUCUCCAUUUUGGCUCUGUUCCCCUCCCCUCCUGUUUUUUGCACCGGUCGUCUUUUCCGUCCCACCACCUCUUCUUCUUCUUCUUCUUCUUCUUCUUCUUCUUCUCUUCCACACUUCCGUCCCACACCCACCCUCAUAUCCACAAAGCAUCUAUAGAGCUGGAGGACUGAUCUCAGAUCAGUUUUUGGCCUGUUUUAGAAAUUUUGCAAAGACUUUUGUAGUUCUGAUGGGAGAGGGGAUCCUGAAAAUGCAUCAGCACAAGUUUGAGUGCAGUCAGUGGUCUAGGAUCAGUUUUUGCGUUUUGGUUUGUAAUGUAUACGGUUAGGAUCUGAACAGUGGAAAGCUGAUCCUAGGUCAGUCUCCUACUCUUAAGUCUUUGUGAAGGUGGGCUUUUGUCGUGGGUGAUCUUAGUUUUGCGUUUUAGCUCAUAAUGAGUAAAGUUAGGAGGUGUAGAGGGUCCUAUCUGAUAAAACAGUAUGCUGGAGUAUAUCUGAAGUCCACCAUUUUAUACAUAAGAAUACUUGAAGUAUAAUUAAAGUUUAUGUUGAGCAUGCUUAAUGUAGUAUUUUACAUGGGGUAAUCUGUUUCUGGAUCCACAAUCCAGACAUAAUCAACGGAGGUCCUGAUCUGGGAAUAGUGUUAAAUUUGAGCUUAUUAGGAUAAAGCAGGGGGAGCUGGACAUGUAGGGCUGACCCCAGGUCAGUCGAAUCACCUCCAUGGUCCUCAGCCCAAAAUGCUCUCUCAAACCUCCACUAGAAUGGGUUUGCAAAACUCAUGAUACUUUAAGGGCCAGUUUCACAGAGACAGAUUAAGCCUAGUCCUAGAGUAAAUUCAAUUAUGAAUGGAGAUUCUCCAUACAAAACUCAAUUUAGUCCCAGACUAAGCUUAAUCUGUGUCUGAGAAACUGGGCCUAAAACUUUAGCCCCUUUAGUCACAGACACUGACAGUUACUGCAGACACUGACAUUUAAAAAAAAUGUCUUCUUUUGUUGCAAUUGACAUUUUGGUUAGUGAAAUGUAUAUGGUAUUUGCACCCAACCAAAACAAAACUUAAAAUAAAACCUUUAAUGCAGCUGCUGAGUGCAAUUUUCAGUGUCAAUUGAACACAAACAGUGUUUCACGAAAAGAGACUCAAAUGUGCUCUAGCAAUGUAAAUUGCACUCUUUCAUAAUUUAUUUGACACUAGCCAUUUUUGCUGUGUGGCUUAUUUGAGUGAUGGGGUACUACCAAUACACCCCACAUCUGAUUUCUACAAAGCUCCAUCACAACUUCAGUCACUCUGUUCCCAAGCGCCCAGAGUUUCAAACACAGGCGGCAUGCAUGGGGACCAAUAACGUAUGGCGUUCCUGACAAUAAUGCACGGCAGAAUGAUCAGUGUUAAAUCAACUCUGAUUUACGAGUUAAUAUGAGUCGAACAGGGGCCGCGGCGGCUCUGUUAGAGUCAUAAGUACUCUUUUUCCCGGUUCAGUUUACGUUGGAGAAUUGGCUGUGCGCCUAUACAGUGAUUUCAGAAUGGAGGAAAUGUGGCAAUCACUGGAGAAUGUGGACGGCCGAUUAGCCCUGGGGGACACGAUGGUGAUGACAUGACUUCUGACUUUGUUUACGUCAUCACGUCCGGAAGACGAGUCGCAGAACGUCCCAGGUCUAUAGCGUAAUGUGUCCGCAUUCCUUUUUGUUAUCAUUUUGUUGUUGUGUUCAUUUGUGUGAUUGUGAGUCGGUUUAAAUGAAGGUUUAUUGUGAUGUGAAAAUAAAGACGUGAGAACA